CCUAGAGCUUUGAAGAAUAAGCAGGAAAUGGCGGACGAGGCGUUGUUUUUGCUUCUGCAUAACGAGAUGGUGUCUGGAGUGUACAAGUCCGCGGAACAGGGGGAGGUGGAAAAUGGACGAUGUAUUACUAAGCUGGAAAACAUGGGGUUUCGAGUGGGACAAGGAUUGAUAGAAAGGUUUACAAAAGAUACUGCAAGGUUCAAGGAUGAGUUAGAUAUCAUGAAGUUCAUUUGUAAAGAUUUUUGGACUACAGUAUUCAAGAAACAAAUCGACAAUCUAAGGACAAAUCAUCAGGGAAUCUAUGUACUUCAAGACAACAAAUUUCGUCUGCUUACUCAGAUGUCUGCAGGAAAACAGUAUUUAGAACACGCAUCUAAGUAUUUAGCAUUUACAUGUGGCUUAAUCAGAGGUGGCUUAUCAAAUCUGGGAAUAAAAAGUAUUGUAACAGCAGAAGUGUCUUCAAUGCCUGCGUGCAAAUUUCAGGUGAUGAUACAGAAGCUGUAGGAUAUACUGAAUUCAACACUUCAACAGUGUAAAGAGAUAAAUUAUUCAUGUAUAAAGUAUUCCAAGUAGCAAUGAUGUAAUUAUAUUGUUGGAAGUUUGUAUUAAUGUAAGGUAUUUGCUAACUUAUAUGAUGAAGGAUGCAUUCUUAACUGUUAAGAGUAGGUUGUAUUUUAUUAAUUUAGCACAGACCAAGUUAAAACAGAUACAGGGUCAUCCCACCAUAAUGUAGUUUACUGAUGUGACUCGCAAUGAAAACUCAAUUUCAAAAUAACCAAACACUAGCACACAGGACCCUUAGACAUUUUUAUUUGCUUAUAGUAAUUUGUAUUUAACCACAGAUAGAGAAGCCAAAUGAGUGCUGAAUUAGCAUAAAGAAAAGCAUGCACCAAUCCAGAUAAUUUGUGUAAGAAUUAACAAGCAAUAGAGUAUUAAUUUGUUUUAGAUAUUAAAAAAGCAAACAGUAUAAAUACAGUAAGUUAAAUUUUUAAUAUAUUGCUUAUAAUUUAUUUCUAGUAAAAGUUUUAUACUUGUAUUAGAAUGUCGUGUAUGUAUUAUGUAUCUGAUACAUAAUAUAUAGCUAACUGCCUAAAUUGCUUAAAACUUAAUUUCCCUUUAAUAAAAUCCAAUCCUUUAGAACUCCAUUAACGUAAUCAAAGUGAAAUAUAAUUAGUUUAAAUGUGUGUUGGGAAGGAAUUUUUAUACUUCUCACUUUCUCAUUAUAGCUAUGACUUUCAACUUUUCCUCAUGCAUGAAAAUGCUGAGGUUUCUUCCAUCUUUAUCUUUAUUCCCUUAUUCACUCUUCCUCAAGGAAGGAUGGGUGAAUAAUUGAAUCAUUCAAACUAUCAUCCCCUGAAGUCUUUUUAAAACCAAACAGUAGCUUAACUAGAAAAAAGGUCUGCCUUCAGCAUUGUGCUCUUUCAAGAACUAUCUAUAUGGGAACAAAGUGACAGCAAUAACUCAAAAGAUUAGAUAGGAAUCUUAGGGGGCAGUAAGUUUAUGUUAAUGAGGGAGGAAUAACUCAGAAAAGGAAAAUGAGAAGUGUUGCACAACUUGAAGAAUAUAAGCAGUGUAACUAAAUUGUACAUGUAGAACCUGUUGAAUUGGUGGGUGUUUUGCUGUAUAUAUUCUCAAAAAUAAGAUAAAGAAAAAUUUUGGAAAAAAAAGGUAUUUAAUGUUUAAAAAAAAAAAGUAACAUUCACUGAGCCAUAUCUUCCUGGGGGUCAGUGCUUACGUGGUAUCUUGCCUCUUCCAUUCCUAGGACCUAUCUAUGCUACUUUUGUGGUGAGAAGGCCAGGUUUUUUUUCUUGUUCUAAGGAGCAUGUUCCUCUUGGAUGUUAUUUAUUUUAUGGGCUUGUCUGUUGUUUGGCUGAAAGAUGAUCUCCAGGAACAACUUCAGUUCCAGGUCAGAAGGGUGUCUUAGGGCCAUAGUCUCAGGGGUUUCUUCAUUCUCUGUCAGACCAUUAAGUCUGGACUUUUUUGUGAAUUUGAUCUUUUGUUCUACAUUUUUUGCCCACUCGGCCCAGGACCCUUUACCGAAAUCCCUGUCAGAGUGGUUAGUAGGGAUAGCCAGGCACCAUCUAGUUCUUCCGGUCAUGGGGUGGUAUAGACUGUGGUUCGUGUGGUCCAUUAGUCCUUUGGACUGAUUGCUCCCUUGAGUCUUUGAUUUUUUUCACUCUCCUUUGCUCUGGACUGGAAGAGACCAAUAGUUGUGUCUUAGAUAAUCACUUGCAAGCUUUUAAGACCCUAGAUGUUACUCACCAAAGUAGAAUGCAUAACAUUGUCUUUAAGAACUAUGUUGUGCCAAUUGACGUAGAUGUCCCCCGUCUAUGAUACUUUGCCUUCGAGCUUGUGAACUUCAUUCUGCAAAGUAUUUUGUAUGUCUAAGAGGUUUCCCUGACUGCCACUUGUGUGCUGUAUUACCUAUAUUAAUAUAUGAGGAGCACCUACAGUCAUGUGUUAGAAAUUUCCACCACCAAACCUGUAUCUGCCAGUGGGUAUGCUCUCUUACAUCCUCCCUCACCUCUUGGCAUAUCUAUAUAUCCAUUCAUAAAUUAUUGUUUGUUAACACUAUUGUCGCAGGAUUGUCUAUGCUACAGUAGUAGUUACCAUUACCAAAACCAAACCUAUUAUUGGGGUAGAUUCUGACUCUUAGCAACCCUAUAGGACAGAGUAGAACUGCCCUGUAGGGUUUUCAAGGAGCAGUGGUGGAUUCAAACUGCCGACCUUAACCACUGCGCCACCAGGGCUCCAUAGUUGUCCUUUAUUCCUGCAUUCCUCUCAUUGUCCUUUCUUGCCUUGGUCACGUUGUGCUGACUUCUCCCAUGUUAUGUAUUGCCUUUCCCUUCACUAAUAUUAAAUCAUGUGUACUAUAUAUUUGGUAAUUUUCCCUCUCUCCCUCUGCCAUUCCUGGUAACCAUCAAAUAAUUUUUUUUCCCCUGUGUAAACUUUUUGUUGUUACUUUGUAAUAGCAGCCUUAUACAAUAUUUGUCCUUUUGCAAGUGACUUAUUUCACUCAGCAUAAUUUCCUCUGUUAUUUAUCCAUGUUGUGAGAUGUUUUGCAGAUUUGUAAUUCUUCAUUGUCACAUAGUAUUCCAUUGUGUAUGUACCACAGUUUGUUAAUCCAUUUGUCUGUUGAUGGGCACUUUGGGCCAUCUUUUUGCUAUUGUGAAUAAUGCUGCAGUAAACAUGGGUAUAAUGUUUCUAUUCAUGUCAUGGUUCUUAUUUCUUUAGGUUAUAUACCUAGGAGUUGGAUUGCUGGAUCACAUGGUAUUUCUAUUUCUAGCUUUUUGAGGAAGCGCCAUACCAUUUUCCAUAGUGACUGUACCAUUUUACCUUCCCACUGGCAGUGUGUAAGUUUCAGUUCCCCCACAACCUUGCCAACAUUUGUUAUUUUGAUUAAUGCCAGUAAUGUGGGGGAUGAGAGGGUAUCUCAUUGUAGUUUUAAUUUGCAUCUCUCUAAUUGUUGAUGAUUUGCAAGCAUUUCUUCAUGUUAGCAGCUCAAGUGUCUUCAUAUCCUGUGCCCAUUUUGUAUUUUUCCUGUGUAAUCUUUUUUUUUAAUUGUUAUUUAGGUGAAAAUUUACAUAGUAAAUUAGUCUCUCAUUAAAUGGUUAAUACUCAAAUUGUUUUGAGACAUUGGUUGCCAGCCCCGCAAUGUGGCAACACUCUCCCCCUUCUCCACCCCUGGUUCCCUGUUUCCAUUUGUACAGUUUUCCUGUCCCUUCCUGCCUUCUUGUCUUUGCUUUUGGGCUGGUGUGCCCAUUUUUCACGUAUACAUGAUUAAACUCUGAAGCAUGUCCCUUAUUUUUGGCCCUAUAGACCUGUCUAAUCUUUGGCUGAAGGGUGAACCUCAGGAUUGACUUCAGUACUGAGUUUUUUAAAAGAGUGUCCAGGGGCCAUGGUCUUGGGGUUUCUCCAGUCUGUCAGAUGAGCAAGGCUGGUCUUUGUAUGAACUUGAAUUUUGUUCUACAUUUUUUCUUCCGCUUUGUCCAGGACUCUCUAUUAUGAUCUCUGCUAGAGCAGUUGGUGGUGGUAACCGGCACCAUCUAGUCGUUCUGGGCUGCUUUGCCCAUUUAAUUGGAUUGUUUUUUUUUGAGAUGUUGAAGUUUUCUAUAAAUUUUAUAGACCCUUAUUGGAUAUGUUGUAGCCAAAGAAACUUGCCCAAUCUGUAGGUUCUCUUUUUACUCUUUUGGAGAAGUCUUUUGUUGUGCGUAAGUUUAAUUUUUAGGAGGUCCCAUUUAUCUAGUUCAUCUUCUGCUGUGUGUGCAUUUUCAAUUAUGUUUGUUAUUCUGUUUUGCCAUAUAUUAGGGCCCCUAGUGUUGUCCCUAUUUUUUUCUCUGUAAUCUUUAUAGUUUUAGGCUUUAUAAUUAGGUCUUCGAUCAAUUUUGAGUUAGUUUGUGUGCGAUGUGUUAUGGAUUGUAUCAUUUUUCUAUAUAUCCAGUUUUGCCAGCAUUAUUUAUUGAAGAGACUGUCUCUUCCCCAUUCAGUAAGCUUUGGUUCUUUGUCAAAGAUCAGCUGUGUGUAGGUGGAUGGAUUUACAUCUGGGUUCUCAAUUCUGUUUCAUUGGUCUGUGUAUCUGUUGUACCCGUACCAGGCAGUUCUGAGUACCAUGGUUGUAUAGUAGGCUCUGAAAUCAGGUGGCGUGAGGCCUCCUGUUUUGUUCUUCUUUUUUAAUAAUGUUAGUGAUUAAAGUUAGUGAUUAGUUUUUCUAUCUUGUUAAAGAAUGUUGUUGGGAUUUAGAUCAGGAUUGCAUUAUAUCUGUAUAUCCCUUUGGGUGAUACUGACAUUUUCACAGUGUUAAACUACUUCCAUAAUUUUGAAGUUAGAGCUAUCUGCAACUACAAUUUAGUAUGAAAACAUUCGUGACUUCUACUUGUUCUAACAAAGUAACAGUUUAUCGGCUAUAUCCAUAAUUGAAGGAAAUACUAAGUAACAGCUGAGGCAAUACUUUUCCCAUUCCAGUUUAUGGAUGCCAGGUUAAAAACUCUUAUAGGGAUAAUCAUAGUAUUCGUGUAAAAUUUCAGAUAAUCCAUGUAAAAUAGCACAGUGUCUUCGUAUGUAUAAAUGUAAAUAAAGAAUAAAAAUAUCACACAGAACAUUCUGGUUCGUAACCCCUUGGCAAUUAGAAAGCAGUUUAAAUUUCAGUGUACUUUUGCAUGACUUUAAUUAUAGUUAUCAAGGGCCCUAAAUGAAGACACAGAAAACUUGUUUUAAAGAGCAGAUAUGUUUCAAGAGUAGAAAAUCAUUGUGUGAACAACAUACAAUAAAGACAGCACUGACCAUGCUGAUGUGGCCCAAUCACUCCAGUGUCUAGCAGUCCAUCCUCAUGCAGAGGAUACAGGUCUGGAGUUGGCUUGUCAGAACCCAGUAUCAUGCAGUAAAUAGGAGAAUCAAUAUUCUAGAGCCAAGGUUGCUUGUUGAAUUAUUUCUGACUCCCACCACAAUAUAGUUAAGAUGGGAGUUGGCCUCAGGCCUGGGUGAACAUCAAACUGGUUGAAUAAACUGAGAUUGGCACAAAUUUUGGGGUAAUCAGAGUUAAUGAAGAAACUAGGUAGAACCUACUAAACUUUUUCAAGUACUCUGAAAAAUGAAGUCUGUGACCAAAUAUAUUUUGAAAUGUAUUUGAGCCUCUUCUGAAGGUUCUUAAUGUGUAUCAGUGGCAUGUUGCAGGUUUGGAAAAAUGAAACAGUAAUAGCUUAAUUUUAUUUAACCUAGGAUUUGAUCAGAGUACCAUUUGCUCAAGAAACACCAGCAGCUCACAUAAACCAGUAUUCUAGGGCACAUAUUUUGGGAAAUAUUAUAUAUAUAUAUAUAUUAAAAAAAAAAAAUCCCGAAACCUGUUGCCGUCGAGUUGA